AUGGCGCAGCGGGCAGGAGGGCUUCCCGUGCAGGGGGAUCCCCCGGGCACCUUCCGGUCCAGCCUGGCCCAGACAAUUGUCGCGGAAGUGCUCCAGUCUCGUACCAGACGCAGUGGUGCUCUGGAUCUGACCAGCACGUGGCAGCGAGUGGCACAGAUGCCGCUGGGCGGGGUACCCAUGGGAUGGGAACAAGCGGAUCGAUUGCUUCAGCUGACAUUCAACAUCGCAUCACCUGCGGUCUUAGUGGGGAUCAAGCGCCAGCUGUCACAUUUGCGGGCCCGAGAGCACGAUACGACGCGUCCCUUUGGUCGCAGCGCGGCGGGCGUGUUUGAGGCGGGCCUGUGGCACAAAAGCAAUGAGCAAUCGUCUCGGAUUGGGCUUGCGUUGACCUGCUGGUAUGUCCACGAUCUGCGCCAGCAGCAUAGCCAGAGGGGCUGCCCAGACCUGUUAGGCCAGACUGUCAGGGACAUCAUCCAGGGCCUCCCAGCGGACGCUCGGGAUUAUCGUCAGCUCGCGCGUAUCGCUGGGUCUCCUAACAUUCUCUGCUUCCUUUCCCAAGGCGUGGGCUACUUCUCCGGCGAGGAGGGAUCGUCCAUGACGGACUACCGCAUGCUGAAAAAGACCCAGUUUGAAGCCAUGGAGGCAGUCCUGCAGCAGUUCCGGCCCCGGUUGCUGCAGAAUAUUCCCCCGGAUUUCUUCGAGAUCUUCCUGUACAACCGCCUGCCAGCAGCCCGGUUUGCGUUCGAACAAUGGAUGGACGAGGAGAUGCUGCAUGAGCCUCUUGAUUCCAGCAAAUUCGACCACGCUUUUGACCCGCAGCCAAGUUGA